GUAAAAAACCUAGCUUCCUCACGCCAGCCGCCUCUUUUUCUCAAAGUCCUUCAGUUCUAGUGUUCCAAAAUCCAAACUUUUAAUUUUCAAAUUCAAAACAAACCAUCUCUGCAACAUUUAAGUAACUCACCAUCUAGAUCCAGUGUUCCAUCUCUCCAAUUUUCAUCUUUUCGUAACUUACCAUUUACCAAUUUUCAGAUUCCACUUUUGUACAAUCUACCUACUGCAACACAGAUGAAAAGCUUAUUGUAGAACUUUGCUCUCAACUUGGUGAUGAGAAAAAAGGGUGGAGGUAGUUUUAUUCAAAUUGAUUCCUUUUGUUUUGGCUGAGCUGUGGCAGUAAGUUUUGCAGGAACAUGAAGCGUUCAAAUAAUAAGUUUAUUCUAAAUCUUUAUGAGGCAUGAGGUUAAGCAACUUGGAAAUUUUGCCCAUUUACUUUUCAAUGACAUCAAGAUUCAAUCUCUGUAUGAUGCCCUGUCAAAAACAGGGAAGGUUUGGCUGCUGCAGGUGACUCAUAUGGCAGAUGUUAUAGUUCAAAGUAGUAUUUUUUUUAUUUUUGCAUUUAUCAUGCUUACUCUAUAUUUAUACCUAUUAAGAUUUAUGUAAAGUAUUUUGGUGCUUGUUGGUAGUAUCAUUCCUACGAAGCAGGUAUUAGAAUAAAGGCCUGAUAUCUGUUUGCUAGCAGAAUUUCCAUCAGAAGAAAGGUCAGAUAUCUCUCGUUCAUUUAAACUUUUUUGUUGGUGACAUCUGAAGUCAAACUCCAGUUACUAUUCUUAUCUAAAUAGCUAAUAUCAAAUGGGGGAAAAAGAGCAGAAAACAUUGGAUUUUGGAAUUAAGUUCCUUAGUUGUCAAUCUGAUUUUUGCAGUUUUGUCGACCUUGGCCAAAUGACUGAUAGUGAUCUAACUAGCGAGGUCAGCCUGUCAUCACAAUUGAGCAGUCGUGCAUCAGAUGGUUUGUCAUUCAUGUGUACAUUUGAAAUCAACUAUAAUAGUGAUAAGACUAGUGGGAAUGAAGAGGGGUAAAGGUUCUGGAUAUGUUGUUUUCUAGGAGAUCUCAAAUAAGUUUGAUUAUCUUCUUAGCUAGGUGAACCAUGAAGUUCAGCAAGGUUUGGGAUUUGUAGAAUCUUGACAUCAGGCACAAUUUUGCAACUAAAUAUACAGAAAUAUUUCACAAUUACCUCUCUUUGUCUCCCACACCCACAUGCCCCGCGUCAAGGAAUCUCACUACUAUCCUUCCAUUCUACCAAACUCCUCACUCAGCCCUUAAACUUUGUUGACGCAGUGCACACCGCGUCCUUUAUUAAUACUUUCCAACCCUACACAAACCAAACCGCAGUGAACAGCCAUGAGACGAGCCACCAUUCUGCAUCUCGCCAUCAUUGCCGUCCUGAUCACCGCCGCCACGUCCCAGGCUCCUCCCAUUAGAUACAUCAACCACACCGUUGGCGACAAUGCCGGCUGGUUCUUCAAUUCCACCACCAACACCACUGCCGCUAACUACUCCUCUUGGGCUGCCUCCCAAACCUUCAAUCUCGGCGACUAUCUUAUUUUCAGAACGAGCUCCAAUCAGACAGUGAUCCAGACCUACAAUCUGACAACAUUCAAAAACUGCUCAAUCGACCACUCGUCUGAUAACGAUACGGUUGUCUACAACGGAGGCAACACGGUGUUCGAUCAAGCGUUGACCAUACCAGUACCGUUGACUAUUCAAGGUCCGAAUUAUUUCUUCUCUGAUGCUAAUGAUGGCAUUCAAUGCCAGUACGGAUUGGCCUUUGAGAUCAACGUCAAUCGCGGCCUUGGAUUGCCUCCCAGUCUUAAUCAGCCGCCUCCUCCUCCGUACAGGGAGCCUCCCGGUCCUGACUCGGCUUCUCCGCCAAUUACUAUUCCUGCCGGAGGAAAAGGGCUCGGAAAUGAUGGGUUUAAAAACGGGUUAAGCGUGCACGUGAUUGCGUGUGCGGUUUUAUUUGCUUUGCUGGCAGUCAACGGUGGGAUAGGGGUGGUGUUUUCUUAACUUGCUUGUGUUGUUUCGUAAUUAGAUACGCGAGUCGGCAAACGGGGAUAUUUCCCGGUUUUUGGAUGUUAAUGUAUGGAAGAGCUUUUCAUGGAUAAACUUAUUCUUCAAUGGAGAACAGAUUAUUUGGAUGUACUAACUGAAAGUAAAAAAUAAAAAAUAAACAUAUACUUCUGUGGAA